GUUUCUUCUCACCAGAAAGUUUGAGACUGAGAGAAGCAACGGGCGAUGAUGAUGGAUACAAUCAAUCGAAAGAUUUACAAGAAUAUUAUCGAGUAUGUAUGCGACUUAUAAGUUGCGUUUUCACUACUACUUUUUUGGUCGUAUCAACAGACGAAUGCAUACGCUGUUAUCAAUGAUACCAAGCGGGAUCGUAGCUCCUUCCAUUGGGCAAUAGGCUAACCCCUGACCUUAUGAAGUUGUGAUUAAGCCGCCAUACUGAACCCCAGCAGAAGUGAAUGUGUGCAAUACCUGAUUGUUGUUUGCAAUUGUAUUAUACAGAUUUGAACAAGUGAUAACAACCGCGGCUAUUGGAUCGACUUGAAGAACUAGAUCACUAUUAACCGCAUAGACACUAGUUGUUUGAGCAGCGGGAUCCGUAGCUGGACUGAACCCAAUGAAAGAACCAAAUGAGGAAUCGACUACCUGGAGCUGAGUUGUAUAAGCACUGACUGGUAUUGUAGGAAAACCACUCAUAGCAGUGUAGCCUGUGAUAUUCUUAACUGGUUGCAUUGUGGACUGAAUAGCGUAACUCGAUGGGUUUUCAUCACCUGAGAUGAAAUAGUACUUUAAUCUGGUCAUUUUGUAAAUAGAGAUUGUUUUGGAAUGAUCAAUUUUGAAGGUAGUUAUUGAUGUCGCUUGCUGAGUAUGUGCCAUCAGGGAGCGUAAUUGUGUAUGUCGUUGUCGUCGAAGCUGUCGGCCAUAUGAUCUUAAAGCUGUUGUUUUGACGCUUGCGCCAUGAGUAGUAGAUGGAUAUCAAUCCUAAUGCAAUCUGAAGUCAAUUGGCUGCGAGAAUCGAUAUCGGAACUGAUGAGUCGCCUCGUGGUUAUUGAGAUUUACAAAAUCGGAAAGCUCAUUUUUACAAACGAAGACUUCCGGAUAUCUAUGAUAUCUUAUCUACUAGUGUAUACUACAUCGACGAAAGAGAAUUCGACGACAAUUGAUGCCCCAAGCAAUGGAGAUCGAUGGAUCAGGCGAAGUGGAUCACUCGAAACCUGUAGCUCCAUUUAAAAAACGAUUAUGGUUCAACGAUAUUGAGACACUCUCCAAACAGCUUCAGAAGAUCAGCGUUAGUGAUCUUGCCAAGGAGCAUAAAAAGAUGAAAAAGUCUCGUAAGUCUCGUUAUAUUGAUACUUCAAAGUUGCUCAACUUUAAAUGCGAGUCUAAGAGAUCGUCGUCAAAAGGUUCCACCAUAGAUAGCGCUUACUUAACCAAUCUGGUGUGAAUUCAGGUAGUCAAUUUUGUGUCGAGCGUAAUAUCUUCCUCGUCGAUCACAAUGUCAGUGAUCGGUCCUUAUAUUGAGCAUCACGAGAAUCCCCAAAAUCAAUCUUUUCGCUGUCUCUUAGAGUCUUGUACAUCCUAAGCGACAGCGAUGAUGUAGAGACAGCGAUGAUG